AUGUCUGAAGUCGCCCGUCUUUACGGACUGCUCGAAGCCUCUGCUGCACGCAAUGCUUACCACAACAAGGCUCUCGCAGAGGAUUUCUCAUCUUACGGUCCCUCCCGCAAACAAACAAAGGCCGUCGAUACCGCAAAUCCUUGCGCGUCCGUCUCCAGGAACCUCCUAGAAGCCCUCCAAGAAGCUACCAAACACGGCUUUCCCAAGCGUCGUGCUCCCCCAAGUGCUGAAGUCAGUGCCGGCGUGAAGAGAAUCAUCGACCUUCUCAAGGUUCCCUCUGUCCUUGCUCCUCGUAUUCAGUCCAAGGAGACCACCGGAGACCUCACCAACGACGUUGCUGUCAAGAACUGCAAGCGCAUCCUCGCCGCCCGCUCCAACGCCGCGGAGCUCAAGAUUAUCGCUAAAUCCCUCGGUGCUACCAUUCCCUCUCCAGCCAUGGCCGGUCGCUUCCCGCAGAAGAGCAGUCGGCAACCGCCUCGCCGGGCGCGUGGCACCGCCAUGCUCAACUCCAUCUUCAAGUCUGUGCGCGUCCCCGAGUUCCGCCACAAGUGGAUGUUCUGGGCCGAGAAGGGCCAGCAAGCUACUCCGAAAGACAAGUCAGCGUCAUCUGAAGAGUACGCUUCGCGGCCCAAGCCGCUCGGUGACCAGAUCAUCAGCGUCAAGGAGUUCUACCAGCACUUCAACAACAUCCCGGUUGAGAGUCUCAAACUGCGAGACUCAAUACACCUCUUCCAUCUGGGUGUAAAGCCUGUCUGGGAGGACCCGCGCAACACGCGUGGCGGGGCUUGGUACUUCAAGAUCCCCAAGGACGUCGCAGCGCAGUUCUGGCACGAGAUGUGUCUGCUUGCUGUCGGUGAUGGACUGCAGGGUGCCGUUGAGACCAAGCGAGCUUCAUUCAACGACGACAUCUGCGGUAUCUCUUACUCGGUCCGCUGGAACGCCGUCCAGAUUGCAGUCUGGAACCGAGAUGCAGAGAACGAGGCCGGCAAGGAGAAGCUGCUGAAAGUCAUCCUCGAACAGCUUUCGGAUGAGCUUGUGCCAAAGAAGGAAGACAGCUACUGGUACAAGGCGCACAAGGAGCAUAAGGGAUUCAUGGAGCAGUAG